AUGACUUUUCAAAUGCUAAAAACUGAGAAAGGGAAGGAUAUGCUUUGCUUCGAUGGCCACAUUUUUUUAAAAGAAAAAGAAAAUGACACGAAAUCCAUAUGGAAAUGUAAUCAGUAUUAUAAAAAUAAAUGUCGUGGACGACUUCACCUAAGCGAAGGGAAAAUAUUAAAAAACACUGACCAUAAUCACGUUCCAAAUUCUUCAGAAAUUCAGGUAAAAAAAACACUAAAUAACCUAAAAGAUAUAGCCAGUAAUAAUAGUGAUAUGAGUACACAAUCGGUAAUAGGUUCAGCACUUAAUCAAAUUCCUAUUGAAUCGUCUGGGCAGUUACCUAAUAUAAAUAUACUUAAACGUACUAUUCAACGUGUACGUAAGCAAAAAUUACAGUUGCCCAACACCCCGACAGACUUAAAUUUUAUCAUACCCGAUGAAAUGACAAAAACCAUAGAUGGAAAUCUUUUUUUGCAAUAUGAUAGUGGUAUUAAUACUGAACGAAUUUUAAUUUUUUCAACAACACGUUUAUUGUAUCUUAUGACACAAUGCGACAAUUGGUUUUGUGAUGGCACAUUUUCCAGUGCACCAUCAUUAUUUUAUCAAUUAUAUACAAUUCACGCUGUUCAGUAUUCUAAUGUGUUACCGUCUGUUUACAUCUUAUUGCCAAAUAAAAAAGAAAACACCUAUAAACGUAUGUUUCAAGCACUAAAAACAAUUGAGCCUGAUCUAAGUCCUAAGACAAUUAUGGUCGACUUUGAAAAAGGUGCAAUGAAUGCAAUAACUUCUGAAUUUCCUGAAGCAAAACUAAAAGGUUGUUUCUUUCAUUUGUCGCAAUGUAUUUGGCGACAAAUUCAAGCCGCAGGCCUCCAAAAAAAAUAUAUAGAUGACGUAACUUUUGCGCUACAGAUUCGUAAACUACCAAGCUUGAAGGAUGGCACAAUUGUUUUACAUCGAUCUUAA